CGAUUCGAGUCAAUUAGAAAUCGAAGCGGUGAUUGCUUGCUGCGUGACUGUUGUUCGCGUUUGUGCUGUCUGCAAAAGCUACGGGCUACAAAUAUAAUAUAAAUAUCCCGUAUGUCACAUUGCCCCCGGAUGUUCCUCUUCUUUUUGUGGUCUGAAGGCACGGCGUUUCUCUUCUCUACUGUGCAUGACGGUUUUAAGGCUCGUGCACGCGUUGGCGCUUGCCUCGACGUUGUUUCCAGCCGCUGCGACGGCCGUGUCACGAAGCCUGAUGGAGAUGCGAGUGCUGGAGGCUCGCUGCUUCGCCCGCUGUUUCAAGUACAACGCGACAGCAACAGAGGGUGUGCAAGUGUGGGCUCCGUACAGUUUUGCUGGAUUCAAGAACUGUUCUUACCCUUGCUCUUUUUUUAAUGAAACCGAGUCGACUUGUCUGAAGAAAUGUCGCAAUCAAUUUGGUUCAUUACCUGAUAGCCUUGCUGAGUGUAACGAGGGUUGUGGGUUUGUUACGAGAGUCAAGUCUGAAGCUGUAGGAGCAUCCUUUUCACCUGGGUCACCCUAUGUUCCUGCCAUUCCAUCAUCUCCCAUUGUUACUCAAGUCAGUGAUGUCGUCACACUUCAGUGGGAAGCUACUAAUCGUGAUCAUUCUAAAUUGGAUGUUCGCCAUGGACCAGGACGGGCAGCUGUGUUCGUUAUUCAGUAUGCAUCGAUUGAGUGUGGACCACCACAAGCUUUCGAUUGGAAGACUGGUUCACAUCCGGCAGAACAGAACUUCAUAGAACUCCCUCAUGACUCGCUGGAUCUCAGUGACGAUCAUUUGUAUGUAUUUCGUGUGGCAACAGUCAACGUAAACGGAACACAGGGUUUUUCACUGACUUCACCGUUAGCAUAUUCAGUAGACAAGAAAUGUGUGAAUGUGAGCCAUAAAACUCCCGGUCUGGUGAAAGAUCUCCGACUGUUGGGUUUCAGGAACCCAAUGGAUAGCAAAAUGGUGGACGUUGAAGUCUCAUGGCAAGAGCCAGCAAUGAAUAAGGCGUUGUGUUAUUAUGUGUGUGUGAGGGAAGAGGCAAGUGGUCUGUCACAGGGCUCAGAGCCUUGUCGUGAUAGGAUGCUGUUUGAUCUUAUUGUCGCGAAGCAUUUUGUAGCAAGCAAAUCCGACAGCCCACAUGGCACUCAGGGCUGUUCGUAUCGAUCCACAGUUGGCUCUGUACCAAUGUUGAUAUCAACUUAUGACAACCGAGCAGUCAAAACUGCAGUGUUUCGUAACGUGACGAAAGACAUGGACGAUUCAAGUCGUUUUGUGUCUGGUACUCCGUCUCUGUCUCAAGUGAAGACGCUCAGUCAUCAUAUCAACGUCACGGUUACGUGGCCGUUGCCGGUGGAUUAUCAUCCAGACCUUCAUAGAUAUCGACUUGAGUAUGGAACAGGACGGCAUUCGGUACCGAUAUUGAAAGAGGACAGCGUGAAACUGGGAGAGAAAGAUAUCUACGUGAGUGAUGCUGUUGGACAGAAGUUCUCAGUUAUUUUUCCAGAGCUGGAGCCAGGAACUAGAUAUUGGUUCAAGAUAUUGGCAGUCACAAAAGGUAUCUUUGGAAAGACAUCAGAAGAAGAUUAUAUACUGACUGAGGACUUUUCUGUGCCCGGUGUGCCAUUACAUGUUAGUCACGUGAUCAAAGAUGGCACUUUGAAUCGCUUCUCUGUGCUCAUAACUUGGACGAACUCAAAACCAGCAACGCCGAUGGACUAUCCGGUGACAGCAUCCUAUGUAAACUGGGGCUUCAGUAGGAGCAUUAACGACAAUUCGGAGAUCGCCGUGGCAACAGUCAAUGGUACAACUGAGGAAUAUACUAUUAGUGACUUAGAAAAGGAAGAUUCGGAUGGAUCAAAGAAGUACUACUGGUUUCGUGUCUGGUCUGCUAACGCAAAGGGCAAUGGAUCAGAAUCAGAGCCAGUCUAUUUUAGUUACAAAUCACCCAGCGACCAACUACUGGUCGCAUAUGUCGCAUCUCCACUCGUCUUCUCAGUUAUCGUCGCUCUUGUCAUUGCGAUCGUCUUCUACUGCCACUGGAGAAGAAAACGCCAGAAAAUCAUACUCGUUGCUCAUCCCCUCUCCAUGACAUCAAACCUUCUGUACGGUCAACCACCGGUCAGUCCUUGUGAGGUACCCGACGAGUGGGAAGUCGCGGCCAAUCGAAUUAGUCUCGACAACAAACUGGGCGAGGGAUUCUUUGGCGAGGUGUGGAGAGCGAAUAUCAAGGGAACGUUUGGUCCGUCAGAGAGACACGCGUCGGUGGUGAGAACUCUGAGUGUGAAGAAACGGCUGGAGCAUCGGAAGUCGUGUGAGGAAGUAUCGAUUCCGGUCGCCGUGAAGCUCCUCAAGGGGACGGCAACGGAGGAGGAUCGACGCGACCUCGUGAACGAGAUCAAACUGAUGAAACGUAUCGGAUGCCAUAAACACAUUGUCAGUAUGUUGGGAUGCUGUACGAUGUCUGAGCUCUAUUUGAUUGUUGAAUUCGUUCCGUAUGGCGAUCUGCUCAACUUCCUAAGAAAGAAUCGACUCAAUUCGGUGCACUCGUUGCACUCGGAUCAGCCACUGACGGCUCCCAGCUUGCCUGAGGACAGAUACGUGCCUCCUAAUCUGCCAACAGUGGGGUCUGGGAGUCGAGUACAGUCAGUGUCGUCAUGCUGUCAGUUUCACGACGAUGGGACUCCACAUGUCAUGUUUACUCCACAUCUCUUGCUCUCGUUUGGACAUCAGAUCACUCAGGGGAUGGAAUAUCUCCACAGCAAGGAUCUGGUUCAUCGCGAUUUAGCUUGUCGCAACGUAUUGGUGGAUGACAACAACAUACUCAAGAUAUCAGACUUCGGAUUGUGUCGUGCGAUCUACAAGGAUGUGGCAUAUGUGAAGAAGACGAAGGGACGACUGCCUCUCAAGUGGAUGUCGAUUGAAGCGAUAUUUGAUCGGGAAUUCACGAAGCAGAGUGAUGUGUGGUCAUUUGGUGUCGCUCUUUGGGAAAUUUGCACAAUGGGAGGAUUCCCCUAUCCCACUAUACCAAACGAAAGCCUUCUGGCCAAGCUCCGAAGCGGCUAUCGAAUGGAGAAACCGUCCAACUGCUCACAGGAACUAUACGACUUGAUGUUGGAGAGUUGGAACGAUGAUCCCCACCAGAGACCCUCGUUCACCGACCUCGCUCAGAUAUUCAGCAAGAUGAUCUCGAGCGAAACACACAGGCAUCUUCUGGCGACCGACGUCAACGAAGACAGCGAGUACUAUCUUCUUCCCAUACAAUUGGAGAACCUUUUGGGAGAGGAUUUCGGUGAGGACAGUGAGGAAGAUCAAGACGAUGAAAUGCCUGCUUCUCCUCCACCUCGUUAUGACAUGGUUGUGAAGGCCAAACGAAUGUCGGAAGGGAGGAAACUGGAGAGGAGAGUCGAUGGAGCUCAUGUGCUCACUAAUGGGAUGACCGAAAUGCAGGAAGUUGGUGUGGACUAUGACUUUAAUCUGAGAGUCCAAUUACCGUCGGUGGCUUCUAAACAGACGGUCGUGUAGAGAUGGUGUAAUAUUUUGGAAUCGAAUAUGAGUAAGGAUCACGCAGAGAGUUUAUCUUUCCGAAUCGAUUGAUGCUUAUACGGGUUACGAAUGAGUUUGGUCACGUGACUCGUUGUGGGUGCUGACCCGAGCAGAUGACUCAACUCGAUUGUUUGCGAUAGGAAUUAUUUUAAAGAGUAGAAUCAGAUGUAUUUCCAAUAGCUGCGAUGAGUUGUAGAGGAAUGUGAUAUCAGAAUGUAUUCUUGCUGUAUGGAAA